AUGGCCAUCGAAGGACGUUACCUCAACCUCGACUGCGGCUUCCUCUCCUCCGCGCACGGACUCGGGAUCCGGAUCGCGCUCUCAGACCCGAAGUUCGUGUGGCUCCAUGGCGCCAUGGCAGGGCUGCACCACACACCGACGAAAGCGAAGUCCCGGCGUUCCCACGUGCGCUUCGCGCGCAAGCACUGGGAGGGGCUUUCGGUGAUGAAGGGAGUCUUGACUCUUGAGUCCCGAGGAUGCAGAGCUCGCGAUCGACGCGCAUCGACGUCUCGAACCACGUCCCCCAAAGGCAAGGCAGCGCAGCUGUCGACCAAGUUCGCCGUCCCAAUGGACGGCGGCAUCCGCUCCGGCGCGGACAUGCUCCUCGCGAUCACCCUCAGGGCUCAGGUCGUUUUACUCGGUAGGUCGGACGCGUACGGGCUCGCGAUCGCCGGGCGGGAGGGCAUUGAGGCGACGAUCCUCGCCGAGUUCUAG